GAAGAAGAAGUGCGUUCGUCAUUGUUUUGAUCGACUGGUGUUUUUGAAUGAAGAGACAAAAUAAAGAACUGGGCCUGAGAUCUUUCAACUCUUUAACACCUUUAAACUGUUUGAACAACAGGUCUAUCACCAUGACGACUAAACGCAGACUGAUAACAGAUUCAUUCAAAGUGGUGAAGAAGACGAGGAAAGGUGGCAAACGGGAGAAGAGUCCUACUCCUUCUCCUCCCCCUCAGGAAGAGGCUGAAACUGACGUCCGUGAGGAGGAACUGGAGAAGCUCAGACAGUUUGACUUGGACUGGAGAUUUGGACCAUGUACAGGCAUCAGCCGGCUACAGAGAUGGGAGAGAGCAAAGCUUCAUGGCCUUAACCCACCUGAGGAGAUCAGAGAGCUGCUGCUGCAAUCCCAAACCGACCCUGAGUAUAACCAGAGCUUAUGGAGUGAGUAUCCCCUGUAAAGAAGACGGCUAAAGAAACCAAGGAACACCUUAUUUUUAAAGAAAGUCUGUACAUGUAACACUCUAUUAUGGAGAUGGAAAUAGGAAGAUGAUGCCCUGAAGUUUGUAUUUUACUCUUUACCAUUUUUAUUUUAAACAUUUAUAUUUUACAGUAUAACAUUUCUCGGAAAAGAUGUGGUGUUCUUUAUCAUGUUAUGCUUAAUGUUUCUCUGCCCUGUGAUAUCACACUCAGUGCUGAACAUCUAACAUGAGGUGUGAUCUGCACACUGACAUACAUUUGCCUCAAUCUUUUUAUAACUGACCUAACUUCACACUUUUUCUAUUUUACUCCCAGCACAUACUAAGUCAUACAGAGGGACAUCGUGUGUGCUGUGCCAUUUAGUUUUAAUAAUUUCUCUUGUAGAUGUUUCUUUUUAGUUGAUUGUGGGGGUUUGUUGUUUCAAGUGUUCUUAUUUUUUAAUCUUCCUCUGCUGUUGUUAUUGUUCAUUUUACAUAAUUGUGUUUUAUUCUGUGUUAAAAAAAAAUAAAGCCUGUAUUUCCGUAUAUUCUUUGUUAAAAUAAUCUUGGAAUGAAUAAGUGAAAGCAGA